CCUAUGUGACUCUACAGGCACAGCCUGCUAAGGACAGGUUGAGUCUGGGAAGGACCUCCUGUUUGACAGCACACACCCGAAAAACCUGCUGCUGGAUUUCGCAUCCGUGUUCGGAUCUGAACCAGGGCUCAGUGUGAGGGGGAUCCAAGUGAAGUACUUAUGGAAAAAUGAUGCUGAAUAAUUAAUUUAAAACCAGACGACACAGGUGUUUAACUCAGGCUGUUCAGACUGAGCUGGACCAGUGUCGGCGUUAGCAGGGACUGUCCGAGAGCAGAGAGGAAGGAAACACCGGAACAUCGACCUGCUGGAGCUGCAACUCUGUAAUGUUAACAGACAGUCUGAUCUGACGUCUUCAGCUUCCGUGUUCAGACUUACAGCUACACAGCCAGCUCUUAUCUCAGGUAGCUCUUAGCCCAGGUAGCUGAAAGCUCAGGUAGCUUCCAGCCGGUUAGCUCCUGUCAGCAGCAGCUAACCUAGCCUAGCUCAUCGUGUCAUACGCUUCAGAAUGAGGCUGAAGGUGGGCUUUCUCCUGCGGUCUCUGGUGGUCAUCGGGACGUUCCUGGCUCUGGUGGUCGUCUGGUCCUCUCUGUCCCCCAAACCCAGCGAGGAAAACCCCUUUAACAGACAGGAGAAUGUUGCCCUGCCCAGAGCUGACCCUGUAGACCAGUUUAAGCCUGUGGUGCCCUGGCCUCAUGUGGAGGGGGUAGAGGUUGACCUUCACUCCAUUCGACAACAACAUGGGCCCAACAACCCCCAGAAAGUGGAGGAGCAGCCCAACGAGAAGCAGGUGAUCCAGCAGCAGUACGUGACGUUCAGACCCCAUAGUCAUGCCUACACCAGCCCCGUCCUGAAGACAGGAAUCCUGGGUAACUUUGAGCCUAAAGAACCAGAGCCUCCAGGGGUCCCUAAUGGUCCUGGAGAGGGGGCCAAACCCUUCGUCCUGGGUCCAGAGUACAAAGACGCCGUACAGGCCUCCGUCAAAGAGUUUGGCUUCAACAUGGUGGCCAGUGACAUGAUCUCUCUGGACAGAAGCAUCAGCGACAUUCGCCAUGAAGAGUGAGUCACAGUGUUUACACU